UCAAUCCCACUGUUUUUGUUCUGUCAGUGGGGCGUCACUGGAGUCUGGAGACACACACAUACAUACACACACAUACACACACACACGAAGGCAGCAGCAUGAAGCCAGUGUGCAGAGAGGAUGCAGCGUUUCCACGUUGCAACUUAAGAAAAAAAAAACUGCCUGAACGCCUGUUUGCAAGUAAAUAGAGAAACAAAAAGAAGAGAGAGAGAGAGGAAGAAAGAGAGAGAGAGAGAGAGGAAGAGAUAAAGGAAACAGGCAGCUGCACACAGCCAGAGUACAACAGCAUGUGUUUGUUCACAUAGUGUCACCUGCACAUGUCAACAUCACACUGGCUCACUUCAUUCAUUACAUUUUAUUCUGACUAAACCUAAAUUACAGGCUGUUUUUUUAAAUUUAUUUUCUUAAUCCACCUUCAUAUGAUGCGAUUUGUGAUUCACACUUCCAAAUAGUCACUAUUUCGACCGCACCGCAUCACCAAGCUGCCAGUGGUUCUCAUUCAUAUUGAAUAUUCUCGUUGCAUAACCCCGAAGAAAUAUGGAGUAUAAACGCAGAGAGAGAGUGAGAGAGAGAGCACCAAGCGCCAUCUCCAGUGGUUAUGCAUAAUACAUUAAGUUAGCCCAGCUGCACCUCCCACCCAGCUCUCCACUGUCAGCGCUCCCCCCUUCUCUCUCUCUCUCUCUCUCUCUCUCUUUGAGUCCUUCUCCUCUCACCUUACAGUCAGGCCCCCGGACCGAGGCCAGCGCGGACACAGAGUGUGUGGUUGGAGUGCACUUUCAGUCCGGUUAUUGUGUGCACCUCCUCUUGUUUUCCCACAGGCCUUUGACACCAAAAGAGAUCUGCUCUUGUGGAUUGAUGGAUUGUUUGAGUUCUUCCCCACCCCGGGGGAUCAGUGCUUUUGUUAUGUUUCAAGAGGCGGAAAUUGAACUAAAAUGUCAGCAGCAGCAGCAGCAGCAGCAGCAGAUGUGAUGAGCGAUGCAGCUAAUGGCAUCAUCCUCCCACAGGCCUGAUGCUGAAAAUCCCUGCAUUCAUGAGACAGCAACAGGAAGCGGAUUACUGAGGGAUUAAACGCAUUGCACACGUAUGCCCAUUCUGGGAUCUGAAAACCCAGCUGGGGGUCUCAAAAUGAAUGAACUCGCCUGACUGACUGAGACUCUCCCUUGGUAUCAUGGAAGAAGAGGAGGAGCCGUCUCACUGAAUGUAACUCACGUGGCCCCUCCUUCUUUCCCUCCCGUCUCGCCAUCGAAAGGCUUUGACUGGUCGAUGAGGAUUACAGACUUAUAACCAACACAGCAGAGAGAAAGAGGGAGAGAGAGAGAGAGAAAGAGGGAGAGAGAGACGAGUGCAGAGCAGAGCCGGCUGUCUGCCUGCUGCUGUCCCAUGAUGCAUCUACACAUGUGAGAGCAGGAUCAGCCUCACAGAGGGCUGUUUCUAUGGAUACCCCUGCCCUGGGUUGUAUUAAUAAGACUCACUGAUAUUCUGACUAUCUGUGCGUGAGGGAAAAAACACAGCGAGAGAGAUUAGUAGUGCAUCCCGGCAGCCGAGGACAGCGCUGAGAAAGACGUCCAACAUGUGUAUGAACCUGUAGCUGCAACGUGGUGGACUGAUUUCUUCUUCUGCCUUUGAUUUUUCUUCUGGCGUCCCAUUUGUCGCUCCCUGUCUGCGGCUGCGUUCAGGAUAACAGCGGGUUUGGUAAAAAGAGUGAUUUGAUAAGAAUCUGCCCACACAGGACUGGAGGAGGAGGUGAAGAUGAUGCACAAAGACACCUCUGUGGCCAUGGAGGACAAAACUUUUUUUUUUUUUUUUUUUCUAAAUAGCUUGCAAUACUGAGCAAACUGAGCACAGCUUGACAUUCUGGAGAAAUUAAUCCUCUUAAAACCUUUGUGGGCCCCCUAAAACUGCCACCGCCUCUCACCUGACUACUUGUCGCAGUGACAUCCAACAUGCACCAGCUACCAGGAGAAGAUUCAGGUCUCUAGUUCAGACUCUGGACUCACCAGCAAGAUGUAACAUUAAGCGCAAAAAGAGAAUAAUAAAGCACUUUUAAACUUAUCUCGAGGUACUUGGAAUCUGUCCACUGAGCCAUCAUGGCCAGACAAGACGCCCCCCUCUUCCUCCACGGCUUUGACCUGGGGGGCCACUUUGUUGACCUUCGACCUCUCGGCGUAGGCGUCACAGGCCUGGUCCUCUCGGCUCUGGACCAGCGCACUGGACAGCGCGUGGCGAUUAAGAAGCUGGUGAUGCGUGACGCCGUGACAGUGAAACACGGCCUGCGGGAGGUCAAAAUCACCCGCCGGCUGCUCCACGAAAACGUGGUGAGGGUUCACGAGGUUUUGGCGCCGUACGGACGACCUCUGCCCAGAGACCCGGCCCAGCUGAGUGCUCUGUACAUCGUCCAGGAGUGCAUGGAGACGGAUCUGGCUCGGCUGCUGGAGCAAGGGCCGCUGCACACAGGUCACGCCACGCUGCUGUUCUACCAGCUGCUGAGGGGACUGAAGUUCAUCCACUCUGCGAACGUCCUGCACAGAGAUCUGAAGCCCGCCAACAUCUUCGUCAACACUGACCAACUGCUGCUCAAGAUCGGAGACUUCGGGCUGGCCAGGAUAGUCGACCCUCACUACUCUCACAAGGGCUAUCUGUCCGAGGGUCUGGUUACUAAGUGGUACUGUUCCCCCCGCCUGCUCCUGUCCCCCAACAACUACACCAAGGCCAUAGACAUGUGGGCUGCUGGCUGCAUACUGUCAGAGAUGCUCACUGGACGCAUGCUGUUCGCAGGAGCUCAUGAGCUGGAGCAGAUGCAGCUGAUUCUCGACACCGUGCCCGUGCUGAGAGAGGAGGACAGGCAGGACCUGCUACAGGUGAUGCCUUCGUAUAUCAGUCAUGGAUGGAGAGUCAAGAAACCCUUCUCUGAAUUGCUGCCUGAAGUGGAUGCUCAGGCUGUGGACUUCCUCGAGCGCAUCCUGACCUUUAACCCCAUGGAUCGACUGACGGCUGAAGCAGCGCUGUCCCACCCCUUUCUCCAGCAGUACUCAUGUCCCGAGGAUGAGCCCACCUCGACGCAUCCGUUCCGCAUCGAGGACGAGCUGGAGGACAGCCUCAUCAACGAGCAGAGCCUCAGCAACAGCAACAGCCAGGCCUCCAGCAUCCACUGGGAGAGGUACGAGAACAGCUUAUCGACAGACACGUCCUGGCAGCAGUCGGGCGGGAGGUGCCGCUGCAUGCCUCCCGGCCACACUACAUCUGACAUGGGAGACACCACGGAGGAUGAGGAGGUGCAGAGAGACCCCCGGGCCAGUUCCACCUCAUUGUUAGAGGAGGCUCAGGUCGACCCACGCAAGUAUUCCCACAGCAGCUCAGCUGAACGCUUCCUGGAAAACUCUCACUCCUCUCUGGAGCGGGCCUGUGGUUUGGGCUAUGGGGAACUGGACUGUGGCCGCUCCUGUGACUACAAAGUGGGCUCCCCUUCCUACCUGGAUAAAAUUGCCUGGAGGGAGGGUAAGCCUCAACACUACUCAGAGCCAAAGCUGAUCCUGGAUCUGUCUCACUGGAAGCGUAACACGAACAUCCUCCAUAUGCCUGCCGAGCCUAUCGGCGGCAGCGUGGAGGACCUGGGAGAGAUGAAGGAGGAGGAAGCAGAAGAGGAGGAGGCGGAGGAGACGGGGGAUUUAUUCCAGGAGAUCUCCCGCUGGGUGGAGAGCACCCAGUCUCGUUUGCACUCGCCCAGUCCCAGUCCGUCUUUGGAGCCCUCCUGCUACGCCUCCUCCCCGCCUCUUCCUCUCUCCCCGACUGACCUUCCAACUCCAGUCUUCCAUUACGCGGAGGUUUUGCGACAGCCAUCAGCUGACUUUGACGAAGACAGACGAAGCCCACUGCCACCUGUCACGUCUUCCUCAAAUUCCCUCCCCUCGCUCCUGCCGUCGUCUCCCACCUGUCCACUUCCUCCCCAGUCGCCUGUCACCGCGUCUCCUCCCACCUCACCGCUUUUCCCUCUCCAAGAAUCCCAGCCCCUCUCCUCUACUUCCUCCAUUCCUCAGCCAGCCAACGAUGGCUCUUUGGAGUCACUUCCCAUCAAGCAAAAAGAGCGGCUGUUCGACCUGGACAUGUUCAUAUCCCGAGCUCUGAAACUGUGCAGGCAGAAUAGGGAGAAAGCUGAUGGGAAGAAGGGAAAAGAGGGAGGAUGGAGGGAAGAAAGCAAGCAGCCAAACAUCAACAGAAAGGUGCCCAGGCUUCCAGAGCACAGGACUCCACCACCGCAGACUCCCAAGUCAUGAUGCUGAAUUUUAACUUCCGGUGUCACCACAGCAUUGCCUCGGCACUUCCAAAUGCUCACAGUGCUUCGCAGAGUGAGGAUCGAAUACGCUGCUUUAAACAUUAGCGCUUAGUGUUGGCAGCAGCUGUCUUUUUGUUACCAAACCACUCACUUAAACAAGCAAGCAUCCUGCAGCUUUGUCAGGAGGUGCUCUCAGGCAAUAAAAGGUCACAAAACAUUGGGGGUAAAUAUUAAUAACUAUUCUUCAAGGAUUUGUUCCACAUGAGAAUGUUCAGAAACGGUCAGCUCAUCAACGAUUGUGGCAUUUGCGAUCUGCUGUGACACAAACACUUUCCCCGGCUGUUUUGUGCUGGGUAACACUAACCUACUGGCGAGGGAUCGUUCAGUUUGUUUUAAGUUUGGGUUUCUAUAGGAGAUUGCUUGCUGCGCGCCAAUCAGCCGGUACGUUUUUGGACAGUCUUCCAAUGGUGAUGUUCACCGAAUAAUGAAAGCGACACAGGGAAUUUUUUUCUCUGAAUGUAUUAACUGAAAAACAAUCUGUGAAAUGAUGCUCAGUGGUGAACCAUUUUAGUAUUUGGUUUUAACACGCAGUGACUGAAUGAGCUCUGUCACCGCGGCAUACCUUGUAAACUUGUAUAAAACUGUUGUCAUAUUUAAUUCUACGGUACAUUUUUUUCGAGACUGUUGUUGGCGGUAUUCUUGUGUCUAAAGUAUUCUUGUAUUCUCUGUUGAACGCUAGAGCACAAUUUUACGUUACUUCAGAGUGAGUUGUAGUUUUUUUUAAUUAUUAUUAUUUUACGUGGAAUGCUUUUAUGGUUAAUAAUUUAUGAUUACUCAGCAAACUUUGCUCUAGCUCAAUUGUGCACCGUCAUCAUCUGCUGCACACUUCACUGAAAAGAUACCAUCCUCUCUGUACUAGACGGCCAGAUAUCUGUCUUCAAUCGCUGGCCACAGAAAAGCUGUAAUGCAAACAACAGUAGCCUAUAUUUUGGAGAAUGUAGAUCCUUUGCAACCUUUGUAGAAAAUGAUUUGUACUCAAACUCCUCUAUGCUGCCCGCUUAAUAUAUUAAUACACUGUAUGGAACAGAAAAUAACCAAAAACAUAUAUUUUCAAAUACUUUUCUAUCCAGCGUGUCGGACAGUAGACGCCCAGAAUGUUAUGUAUUCCCCUUCAAGGUCACCAAAUCAGGUAAAGAGACGCAGUCUGAUGAGUUAUGAACAGAUGAGGGCUGUUGGCUUGUGCCUCAUACAUUCUCAAUCAACUGCAUCUGACAUUCAUUUCACUUGUUGAGCGAAUAGAGAGCAUAAAUGGUGUUAAAACCACUCCGCUGAACUAGUGCCAAAAGGAAAUAUUUUUAAAUCCAUGUGCUCCAUAUUCUGUUACCAAGAGGAAAUAGCACUCCACCAUUCCUCAUAUCACUAUUUGAUGCGUAAUCCCCUGCUGUGAGUGAACCAUAGACUGGACACAGUCAAUGGACUGUACUUACACAAGGGUAAGGCUAUUACUAAGAUGUAUAAAUGACACUGCCUGCACAGCAACAACACCCCAGAAUAAGACGUAUUUUAUCUCUCAGUCCAGCAUCUGAUACCCAUUCUGUCUAGACUGAUGUCCAGACAGUUAUCAACAAGUCUGUCACACCUGAUCACAUUAAAGGAGACAUAUUAUGAUGAUUUUCAGGUUCAUAAUUUUAUUUUGGGUUUAAUGCUCCAAAAACAAAUACAUUUUUUCAUAGAAACCGCUUUCACUUACCGUGUCUCCGAUGGUUCCAAUGCGUUUCAGCUUGGUUAGCUUCACUUCUACCACGCAUACAGGCUGAAUUACGAAAAUGUGAGACAAGGAGACGUAGUGAUGUCAGGAAGUCACAGGUGUGGCUACUGAUGUUGUGUUUCAGCCACUUCAGGAGCAGUGUUUUCUGUGGGAACAAAGAGCUCCCUUUGUGCUUUUUAACUCUCAAGACCUUUUACAUGCACAAGAAUCAACGUAAAACAUCGAAGCAUAAUAUGUCUCCUUUAAAAGGUUAAGCUGACAGUUUUUUUCACAGCUGGUAACUGGUAACGCUCAUGUGACGUUGGUCUCAAAAGGUUGACUUCCAUAACAUUUGCACCUGUAAGCAGACCAUCAGUGGCACAAAGUAGUAUGACUUCCUGACUAAGGAUCAAGUCAUAUGUGACAACCCUAACAGUACAACUUAGGACACAGCAAAGCCAGAUGGGUUCUUUUAUAUUCACAGUUGACAUAUAGCACAUUUAGAGUCACUAGCACAGUCAGAAAUACAGGUUUUCCUCAGCGACAAUUGAAACUCUGUCACCUUCAGUUUAUUUUCAGCGUAAUUUAGCUCCAAGAUUUUCACCACAGCUGGAGCAACUGAGAGAAGUAAUAAUCCAAAAUGUCCAUUUGCUAAUCCAGAGACCUUUAUCUAGUCAGAAAUAGAUAUAAGCUGUGCGGCAGUCAAACUACUUACUACUUACUGGUAAAAAGAAGUUUUCAACCUCUGCAGGUCUAACAAUCACAUUUUUCAUUAUAUACUGUUUCCUCUGCAGGUAAAACCUAAGCCAGCAAUAACAUCACCGACAAAUAAUACAAUCAUACUGUAACACGUAUGGUUACUGAGCCGACGUUAGUUAUUUUAAGUGUGUGAAGCAAUGUAGAAAAUGUGCCUCAGUACACCACAAUGCUUCCAGCUUGCUGAAUGUAACAUAUCCACUCCCUUCUGCAUGGCUUUCACAACUAUUCGAAUAGCUUCAACUCUGUAGUUUUAAUGAUGUGUCUCCUCAUUCAAAACUGUCUAUUUCCGUGAGCUCUUAUUCCUUUUGUACUCACGCUUCAAGGGAGCCUCAGCUUUUCAUUUGAGGACAGCUUUGAGGUUUUUAAAUGCUCAAUAUUGAUUGAUAGUAUCUCUUUUUGCAGUUUCUGUUUUUGCUGAAAAAAUAAUAAAACAAUACUAAAAUAUUA